AUGGAUGACUGUUGGCGUCAGACAAUGCUUUCCUCGCGGGCCUUUCACAAUCGAAAGACUCGCAAAUUUACAGCACAGGCUUCUAGUUCCUCCACCAUCACAAGAGUCAUUGGCUCAUACCAACUUCAAUGCCCCAAAGCUCAUUCCCUGGCUCGUACCUCACAAGUCAACCGCGAUCCAGCCAAAGAUGAAAAGCAUGCCAGACAAAAACGUCACCCCGCCAACUCUCCGCGAUUUGAGAUUAAUCGGUUUACCGAUGAGGAAGACGGGUUGGAGGGCGACCUAUUCCUUCCUGACGUGUUGGAUGCUUCUUUUAUCAUGGCCGGAAGUCGGAAGAAAAUUCAAGAGAUCUUAGAUCGCGCAAUUAUCAGAGAAGAUUCAGAUUUUGAACCUGAAAGCGUCGCACAUAGCCCUGGGGGAAGAUCCGCGGAUAACUCUGACGCUGAUGAUCGGCAACACGAGACCUGCCCCGACCAGCAAACAUCUGAGGUCUUGGGAGAUGGAGAUGAAGAUGAACACCCGAAAGAUUCCCAUGACGACAAGACCACUGCAGAGUUGCGAUCCGACAAUUUCGAGAAGAAUACCUUCCGACAACCAAAGUUCUGGCUUUCAUGGAGAGGCAAAGUACUUGUAAAGCCUGAAUCAGGUGUAGCCCCUGAGGAUCAUUCGCCACUUGGCGCGAUUCAAUCUGGCGUUGGUUAUGUCGUCUUUACUGGAAACAAGUACCAAAAGUUCAAGGGUACCAUCAGCUGUGAUGUUCUUGGCUGGGACAACGUUGCAAUAACUGGUUGGAAGCAGUGA